UGGAUUGGCUUUGUGCCUUUCUUAUCCACGAAAUCUCUUCACACGCUAGCUUCCUACUCCUCCAUUAAAACCAGUCUUCAAGUAGAGUAGCGAAUUAGGAAGAUACUUUUUGGCUUGCAGAAAUGUUACCUACUCCCAAAUUCUUGCAAUCCCCCUCUCAAUUCCUCCAUCCUCCACUACCCCCAUCACCUCCUCCGCAAGUUCAUAGCAUACCCACUCCCACUUCUUCUCCCAUCAUCAAACAAUGCUGCAAAUUCUCACGGAGAGAGCUUGCAAUUGGCAGCACUUCUUUGUUGCUUCUCCUUCUGGGCUCUGAAAAUCAAGAGCCAUUCCUCCUCCUGUCCAAGGCACACGCUGAAGAAAACAUGGCAGACACCACCAAUAUAAGUGAAGGAAAAGAAGAAAACCCAAACACCUCUCCCAACUGCACCAACAUAAAACCAACAAGGAAAGCAUUCCUUGAUAUAUCCAUUGAUGGAGAACCUGUUGGUCGCAUCAUUAUCGGGCUAUAUGGAGAAAACGCCCCAGCUGGAGCUGCCAGAUUCAGUAAUCUUGUUACUGGAGCUGCUGGUAUAAGCUAUAGAAGGAAAGAGUUCGUCAAAAUCAUGCCCAAUUAUGUCCAACAUGGUGGAGUGAGAUCCUAUGGUGUGGAUGCUGAGCUUGCGAAGAGCACGAGAAGCGGAUUGGCAGCUCAAAAUCUCACUGAUGAAUGGCAGGGACUGUAUGACAAGUGUUCGGGGACUAAAAACUUGGCAGGAAGUGUGAGCAUCAUUGUGAGAGAUCCUUCAAAACCGCCUCCAAAAUUAAAGUUGGUAGCACGGAAGGGGAAGCUUGAGAUUGAUGAAGAGGAGGUCGGAACUGACCCGAACGGAACUGAGUUUGUGAUUGCCACCAAGGAUACCCCGGAGCUGGACGCAUCGGCUUUAGUUGUUGGGAGAGUCUUGGGAGGAAUGGAGGUUGUGGAGAGGAUUGGACAGGUGAAGACUGUGAAUGAGAAUACUGCUUCUCCGUAUUUCAGGGUGGCCAAGCUGAUAGGAGAUAAGAGGGCUGUCGUGGCAGAAAGAGGUUUCAACCGUCCUUACUCAAAGGUUGUUGUCACAAAUUGCGGCUUAAUAGAGUAGCAUUGAUUGCUGUUCCCAGUAACCCAUUUCUGUUUUCUCAUUUUUGUAGAAGGAAUAUUUCCAUGUAGUAAAACAGUAUAAUCCGCUGUUAUCGAGAGAGAGAGAGAGAGAAAGAGAGAGAGGGAGGAAGAAGAAGAAAAAAAAAAAACCCCUUUAAUACACUCUUUCUUAUUAUUGUAAGUUGCCUCAAAAAGGUACAAGCUACAUCUAAUAGAUUCUCAAGCAGUACUUUGGCCAUAA